CGUUCAUCGACGUUUACCUCCCAGCACACACACACCCUACACCCUCCAUUCCCUGACACGAGAGCACCAGACGACAUCACACAAUGAAGGUUGCAGCUCUAGCACUGGUGGCGACUAGCACGGCUUCGGCAGCACAGCAGCAGUCAUGCUUCGUGCCAUCAGUUGGAGGCGGUCUCCGGCCAUCUGCAAGGACGACGAGCAGCAGCAGCGUGCAGAUGAAGCUUUGGGAUUUCGGGCUCAACCGCGAGGCGAUCACCGGGCCUUCCCAGGUGGAAGAGAACUGGAAGGCUCAACAAGAAAUGCUCAAGCGACGAAACAACAAGGGCGCCAUGGAAAAAUACAAGUCCAGGGUUAACGAGAAGAGGGCACAGGCAGACGCGAAGGCGAACAAGUGGAAAUGGCAGACCGAGAAGUCCAGCUUUGACCCGCUCGUGGCGUGGAAGAAGAUGAAGGCAGAGGGCAAGAUCGACGAGAUUUACGACGAGGGUGAGAACGAAGAAGGCGGUAUCCCGAUCCCCAUGGCCAGCUUCGGGGUGGGAGGCAGCUUCGGCGUCGGCGGGAAGUGGGACGAGGGCGGACGGUUCGACCUCCGACUUCCCUACGCCGAUCAGGGCUACGUGGACCCGGAUGAGGCUCCGAUGAAGAAGAUCGGAAGCAUCUUCGGCUGGAACAAGAAAAAGGAAGAGGCCGCGGAGGCUGCACCCAAGUCCGCUGCCAAGAAGGGCGCCAAGGGCAAGAAACCCGCGCCGGCCACUGAGUCCAAGCCGAAGAAGACCGGCUGGUGGUAAAACAGACGCCUUGUUUUGUUGUGGAUCAAGACUUAAAACAGAGGGAUAAGACUAAACUGAAUGGCUUGUUGAGGUCGACGACAAGACUGAGGAAAUGGGCUUAUUUUCGUGGACUCGGACUUUAACUGACGGCUUAUUUUGGUCCACUGAUACUGAACAGACGGGUGUUUUUGGGCGACGAAAGACGACGAAAAACUGCUUCUGUUGUGUUGGUUUUUCGUUUAUUUAUUUCUCGGGGCGAUUAUCUUUUUGUUUGGUAGGGGCGCCAGGGGAGACACCCCGGAUUUGAGUUUUCGACGUUUUCCGGGUGGCGUGCUGCCCCCGUGCUUUUGUUUCGGGUGUUUUUUCAUCGAAGACUCUUGAAUCGCGGGGCGGGCGAGGGGGGGGGAGGGGGUCAAUGCACCCCCCACGAGCUUGUAUCGGUCGGGGACUUAUUUUGUGGUCUUGCUGUGGGUCGGAAAGUCGGCAAUACCCUCUGCCCGCCUUCAUCGUGAUUUGAUGGAUACUCAGCAGGGGCGUUUCCGUUGUGUCGAGUUUGCUCUCGUGUUGCUCGCACGUAUCCUUCGUUUGUUACAUACAUUUUGUCUUCCUCCGUCGUACGGCCUGUGGUGCGGUGAGGUGGUUGACUCGGUGACAUGCAGGGAGAGGAAGCAUGUAUCAUGGCGGCGAGGGCGCGUUAGACCUUGUACAAAUAUCAGAAUCGCUCGAGGCUCUUAGAUGGAAGCAAAACGUCCAUUGCACGAUCGUUCGUGGCAGAUAGAGGAGUGUCGAGAGAGAGAUUCUCCUGGUCACGAGGCGUGCAUGUGUGUACAUAAGAGUCAACGCCGGAGAAGGAGAGGGUUGUACGGUAACUGCACUGCGUGCGUUUUGUCCGUGAACGUGCGCCAAUCGGGCUUGUCUAAUUCGUGGGCGUUAAGGAUGUGGUGUUGCGUGUUCGCUGAAAGGACGGUGGGUGGUGACACAUCGCGAAGAAGAUGAUGCGGGCGUAAAUGAAAAAAGAAUAUACAACAGAGUGCUACAGACAAUGUCGGUAUCUGCCCCGGCCUGGUAUCGCUGUGACAGGGGAGACGCGCUCUUUCCCCUAUUUACGUCUCGG